CUGAUUUGAUAUCUGUAAAGUGAAAACCAAAACCCGUUCGAAAUGAUGAUUGGAAAUCCGACGAUCCGAAUCCAUCCGACGAUCCAAAUCUCUCAGUUGGACUGGGACCCAUUUGAAGAUCCGACGCCUGGAAUGGCGUCUCCAUUCUCCCCAACUAGCCCCUCCGUCAACUUUAAUGGCAAUGCUGGUGCCGGAGACUACUCCCUUCUCCUGGACUCGUUAACGGCCCUCCACCGUUACCUGCCGUCGAACCAGUCGGACUUAGUGACCGAGGAGUCCGAGGUUCCCAUGGCCGCCUUCUCAAGCGACGAUUUCCGCAUGUACGAGUUCAAGGUCCGGAGGUGCGCUCGUGCAAGGUCGCACGACUGGACAGAGUGUCCGUACGCCCAUCCGGGCGAGAAGGCUCGCCGGAGGGAUCCACGGAAGUACCACUACUCCGGCACGGCCUGCCCCGAGUUCCGCCGAGGAAGUUGCCGUAAGGGUGACUCGUGCGAGUUCGCUCACGGAGUCUUCGAGUGCUGGCUUCACCCGGCUCGCUACCGGACUCAGCCAUGCAAGGACGGCCCGAGUUGUUGCCGCCGAGUCUGCUUUUUUGCUCACACGCCGGAGCAACUCAGGGUCCUGCCCCAGCAGAGUCCGAGGGGUCAUGGGUCGGGCGAUUCCUUUGACGGGUCGCCGAUUCGUCAUGGCUUUGAUUCGUAUUUGACCGAGGGCUCCUUUGUUUCGUCCCCCACGUCAAUCCUGAUGUCGCCGCCGGUUUCUCCUCCGUCUGACUCGCCGCCCUUGUCGCCGAGUGGCGGUAUACUCGGUGGUGGAUCGUUGAACUCGGCGAGUGAACUUGCUGCCUCGAUGCGGAACCUUCAGCUUGGGAAGAUGAGAAUCAGCCCCCCUCAGUGGGGAGUUCAAAUGGGAUCUGGUUUUGGCUCGCCUCGCGGGUCGCCCCGUGGGUUGUUUAGUCUGCCCUCUACUCCAACUCGGACCCCGAUUCGGUCCGGACUCGGAAAACAUGAGCAGUGGGAUCCUAAAUUUGAGGAGGAGCCUGCAAUGGAGAGGGUGGAGUCUGGGAGGGGCCUGCGAGCCCAGAUGUAUGCCAAACUCCGUAAGGAGAACUCGCUGGGACGAGUCGACUCGGCCGUUUCAGCCCCUGAUGUCGGGUGGGUCUCGGAGCUUGUCAAGUGAUGGUUUGAUUAUUUCUUUUUGCUAAUCGGUGGCCUUUGAUUCUUCUGACUUGUGUAAAUAUCUUCAUUUUGGACACUGUAAAUGGUAGAUCAUCGGAAGGAAGAGAGAUCAGAAUCUCUGUUUUGUGCAUCUCCUUGUACUUUUCGGACAAAAGAAAUAUUUUGUAACUUUUUGUAUAGACUAGAAGGAUUUCUUAGGGCUGCCGAAGAAUGGGUGGCGUGGAUGGGUUGGUUUGAUCGAUUUGUCUAUGAUUUGUAUUUAACUUUCUGGUUUCUGUUUGAUUUUCUCGGAAUAUUAUUAAUCUUUGUAAUUCCCUUCUGUUUCUGUUUAUUUAUUGCCAAUCAAUGUUUGUGUUCGUAGA